AAAGGUGGAAUGCUUUGGGUGACACCAGUAAAUGGCAAUGCGAAAGUUGUUGUAGUUAGUUCUGUCGUUGAUUCUGUUAAUUCUGUUGAUGAAAAAAUUGUGGAAGUUUUCGGUGCAAUCUUUGAUUCUCGGUGA